AUGCUUCGCCCGCUGAGCAAUGCGUCUGCUGGCAGCACUCGGGAGGCCAUGAAGUGGUCUACGGCGCUGCGACGGAAGCAGCGGCAUCUGCACUUCAUACCCACCUUCACCGCGUCGGCCAGCUUGGGCCCUCCAACGACGCUGAUGCAGCAGCGCUGGACCUCGUACGACAGGGCGGCCCUCACGAAAAAGGACCUGCUGCGCCAAGCCGAGGCCGGCCUCGGGGAUGACUGUGACGGGAAGCGGAUGCGGAUCGACGCGGAAGCAAAAUUGUUAUCGACCGCCGCAGGCCCUCUGCCGAUAUCUCCCCUCUUUGACCCUGCGUGGAUGAAAGCAAGGCGUCGGCAGAGGAAAGACAGGCCGGGCAAGCCGAUGGGACGCUUCAGAAGGAAGCUCGCCAACAACCCCUUUGCACUGGCACUCGCAACGCCAAUGCGAAGAUGCGCCAACACGACCACAUCACUGCCGAGGUAUUUUCUGCAAGACUUUGAACUUGUCUCUCAUCCCGACACGGGUGCGGCAUGGUGGGCGCCGGGUCCCUUGUCGUUUGAACUGGUGCAACAAACGUCACGGACGGCGAGGGUGGCCGAGGAGGACGAGGUCGACGAAGCUCCCCCGGCGACCGACAGCACGACGAACACUAGCUUCGGCGUCAAUGGAUCUGCCGUCCCAGGCAGAAAGUCGCAUGAGAGUCAGCCGCAGGCCGUUGACAACGACGAGGAUACAGGGUCCGCGCCGAAGAGACCGUACCGCAGCCCAGUGACGAGCUACACGCUGUGUCGCAAGUCGUUGGUGGACAGUCUCGGUGGCCCGAGCAAGAAGAAUGCCGCAUUGCUGUUGGCGGGCCGCACCGGCAUGGCGGUCGCGCCGGAAAUGCGAAAUUCGGUCUGGCGUGCGGACAUGGGCGAAGUGCUGUUGGGCAUGAUGCGUCGUCACGUCGUCAAUGCAUUGGUCGUCCUGAGCCAGGCUCGGCCCGGCGAAGAGGAGCGGGUGGGAAAUAGGCUGGUCCACCCUUGCGCGAGCUGGGAAGCGGCCAAAGAUGUGAAGCUUCGAGGCUGUCUACUGCGGCUGCCUAAGCACCAGAGCCCGGACGAGACCGGAGGGGGAUACGCCACGUUGGACAUUCACGAGGCCCAAUACGGGCGUAAAAUGAUGGUAUAUGACCUCGACUGGCUGUUGGGGGACACGGAGGUGACGAGGCUGCGGCAGGAGGCGCCGCCAUUCGGUCAGCACGAACUGUUUGUGCUGAAGCAGGAUAUCUGGCUCCCUGACCGGGUGCAAUGCUCUGCUCGUUCCUACAUCAUACAGCAUUCUGUUUUGCAACAAGAGCACUUUCAAAUGUACGAAAAUCACCCCAAUGAAGGCCGGCUCUGGGUUGGAGAUGAGGCCAGCGCACAGCUGCCAUUGAUUGAUAUGCUGCAGCCGAGAGAGAGCUCAGCUGAUGAAAAUGACGCAACACUCGGCAACUCCGUUCCUCGGCCGACGACUUUGACGCUUCGGCUGCCGAUCCGCAUCAUCGAACGGAACGGUAGGUGGCAGACGGCAAUUGCUCACCGUCACUCUGGCGACUCUUCCCGGCCGUUGCGCCAUUGA